AUGACAUUAAAGGAAAUAUUUCCAUCCAUCAAUGACCAUCAUUCGCCUUUGUCUACGAUUCCACAAGACGAUGGCACUUUAGGUGUUCCAAAUGAUCAAAUAAUCGAAUCAAAUGAUCAAAUAAUCGAAUCAAAUUAUCAAAUAAUCGAUGAAGAAAAAUUAAGAGCGGAUAUAAAAUCCUUAUCUGAUGAUCUGAAAUUAAAACGUCAAAGUUAUCCUGAUAACAUUUUUGAUCAAUUGUUUUAUGACACAUUUCGAAGACGAGAUAUGAGCGUGUCCAUCGAUGAUAUAAGAUCUGAAUUUUUUAGUCAAUUGGAUUCGGUACAUUGUCUUUUAGGAAUAAAAAAUGAUUACGAGCUUGAUGAUAUAUUGUGCCCUGAUCAAAUCAGAGAUACUUUGGUUCGCUAUAUGAUUAAAACCUUAGAAUUUAAUAUUUUCGAUAUCAUUUUUUUAUGGAAUCUUAAAGUUACUAUCAACUCAAUUUAUGAAUCUUAUCAAGAGCUUAAAUCAGCUGAUCAGAGUGUUAAAGCUAUCUUUGAAGAAGAAAAACCGAAAUUUCGAAAUAUGACUUUAAAUAUGGAAAGUUGUGUUUCGGAUAUUUUAAAGAUUCUUAGAUUAGAUAAUGGAGAUGAUAAUAUUUUACGAGAGCAAUAUAAAAAAUUAAAAGGACUUUUAUCAUUAUUUUGUGAGGUUACGAUUAGUUUAUUGGAACUUGUAAAACAUAUUUCUAUUAAAUGUGACGAACAACUUAAAAAUUUGGAAGGUCAAAGCAAAAGUUUAAUUACCAAAUUAGCUAAAUACUCAACAGCUGGCGUAGCAGCAGCAGCCGCGGGCGGCUUAACACUUGGAGGUGGCAUAUAUGUUCACCUAGAUCUUCAAUCAACAAUUUCCCGUCUAACAGGCACUCUUAAACAACUAAGAGAUCUUCAUGACAAACUAAAAGAUUGGUCUUUCCAUGGACAAAGCUGUUUGAACCGGGAUUAUGAAGAAAUCCAUCGUAAAAAGAGAGAAGCAAAAAUACGAAAGGAGAUUAAACGUGGCAUAAGGGAGGCUAAUGAAGAAGAUCCAUUCGAACUUUUCAUUGCUGAUGUACAUUCUCGUUAUCGGACUGAAGCUCAUGAUGAUGUUAUUGCCCGAUUUAAUGAACGUUUCAUUCUUUCCCUUGGGUCAUGUGAAAAUUGUCUGGUAGUUGACGAUGAAUUAAAUGUGUUGCCGAUAUCUGCUGGAAAAAAUGUGAAACCAUUGCAAUUAAAGUCAUCUGAGGAAUCUAUGUCUGAUAAACAGAUUGAAUUAAAAGAAUUUAAGGCCUCAUUGGCAGAUACACAGCCUAUUGGUUUACUUGUUGCCACAGCUAAAACAUUAGAUCAAGGAAAAGCUAUCCAUACUUUUAUUGAAGCUAUAUCUGAAAAGAAAUUGCGUAGCACAGUAACACUUACAGCUGCUCGUGGUCGUGGUAAAUCUGCAGCACUUGGAAUUGCAAUUGCUGCUGCUGUUGCAUUCGGUUAUUCAAACAUAUUUGUUACAUCCCCUAGUCCUGAAAAUUUGAAGACAUUAUUUGAAUUUAUUUUUAAAGGAUUUGAUGCUUUGGAGUAUGAGGAGCACCUAGAUUAUGAUAUUAUACAAUCUACAAAUCCUGAUUUUAAUAAAGCCAUAUAUAUACAACCACAAGAUGCAAAUGUUCUUGGACAAGCUGAAUUAUUAAUCAUUGAUGAAGCUGCUGCCAUUCCAUUACCAUUGGUGAAAAAUCUUAUUGGUCCCUAUUUGGUAUUUAUGGCAUCAACUAUAAAUGGUUAUGAAGGUACAGGUCGAUCUUUAUCUCUCAAACUUAUUCAACAACUUCGAGAACAAUCAAAGGGGUUUGUUGGCCAAGAAAAUCAUGCAGAACCUGAUGAUGGUAUGGUGAUAAUUAAUCGGAAUGGCAAGAACAAAAAAAAUACACUUACUUCAUUCAAUGGUGCAUUAACGGGUGGCAGAGUUCUCAGAGAAAUUAAACUUGAAGAACCUAUUCGUUACGGAUCUAAUGAUCCUGUAGAACGAUGGUUAAAUAAACUUUUAUGUCUAGAUGCGACCAUUGUCUCAAAAAACAUUCAAGGGUGUCCACAUCCGCAACAAUGUGAACUAUAUUGGGUAAAUCGUGAUACCUUAUUUUCGUUUCAUCCCGUCUCGGAAUUAUUUUUACAAAGAAUGAUGGCACUUUAUGUUGCUAGUCAUUAUAAGAAUUCACCAAAUGAUUUACAACUGCUGUCAGAUGCUCCAGCACAUCAUUUGUUCGUUUUGCUACCCCCAAUAAAAGGCGAUAAUUCGUUGCCGGACCCUUUAUGCGUUGUUCAGUUCCAAGAUGAUGACUUUGCUAGUCUUUCUGGAGCAAGGAUAGUGAGAAUAGCAACACAUCCUGAUUAUAUGAAGAUGGGUUAUGGAUCACGAUGUCUUGAAUUGUUGAAUUCAUUUUACCAAGGUGAAUUCUCUACUUUGAAAGAAAAUGAAGAUUACGCAGAAGAAACUAUGGUGAGAGUUAAUGACUCGGAAUUAGAAAAUGCAGAUCUUCAUAAAGAUGAAAUUAAAAUUCGAGAUCCUCACAAAAUGCCACCAUUACUAUUAAAACUUUCAGAGAAACGACCAGUUCUAUUACAUUAUCUUGGUGUUUCUUAUGGUUUGACACCAUUAUUGAAUAAAUUCUGGAAACGAUCUGGGUUUAUUCCACUUUAUUUGCGACAAACUCCAAAUGAGUUAACUGGUGAACAUACGUGUGUUAUGCUCAAGGCUUUAAAAUCUGAUGGCCUUUUUCCUAGCGUUUUAUCAUUGAGUAUUAUGGAAACUGCUGAUGCUGGUUAUAAAAAUGCAAAUCAUAAUGAACAGAAUAUUCUCGAUUCGCAAUUUUCUGUUUAUGAUCUUAAGCGUCUUGAAUCUUAUUCAAAUAAUAUGUUGGAUUAUCAUGUAAUAAUGGAUCUUGUUCCUGCAAUUGCUUAUUUAUACUUUGAGAAACGAUUUAGCAUAAAUGUGGUACUUUCUGGCGUGCAGUGCUCGAUAUUAUUGGGUAUAGGUUUACAAAAAAAGAGCAUAGAUGAUUUGGAGAAAGAGCUUACACUUCCCUCAGCGCAAGUUCUUGCAUUAUUUAUGAAAAUUAUUCGUAAAUUUUCUGCAUAUUUUCGAUCUUUGGAAAUAUCUGAAAUUCAAAAAGAAAUUCCACAUGAAACUACUGUAGUAAAGAAAAAAGUAGCCACCACUUCCAUCGAUUCAAUAGAAAAAAGUAUUAAUAUAACGAGUCCUCAAAUCAAUAACGAUACUGCAUGGGAUCCUGUAUCGAAGUCUCUAAACGAAGAUUUAGAUGAAGCUGGUGAUGAGGCUAUGAAGCAAAUAAGAGAAAAACAAAGAGAAUUGAUUGACUCAUUGGACUUGUCAAAGUGA